CAAGCUUGGGAAGAGAGAGAAAGAGGAGAGAGAGGGGGGAGAGCUUCGGCCGGAACCAGCCAAGCCGACCGCUCGACCGGCCGCCCCUUCGCCGCUCGCUUGGCCGCUCGCCUCCGCCGUUCACCGCCGCCACACGCCGUUUGCUGCCGCCGCCCGCUCGUCGUCGCACCGCUUCCGUCUCUCCUGCUCGUGCUCGACGUCCCCAGCAAAUCUGCAAGCCGAAGACAGCGAGGCUAGCAGCACCGCCGAAGUAGCCGCGCUCCGCCGCCGCUCGCCGUCCUUGCGCGCCGUUGCUGCCGCGCGCCUCCGCCUUCCUUCACGCCGUCGUCCCUGCUCACCCUCGUCUCCAGCAGCUUCGCGGGCCAACCCAGGCCGCGGUUCAGCCACCUCCGGCCACCGCGAGACCCCACCGAUGGCCGCACGGCACCGCCGCAUCUCCUCCGCCCGUUUCCGACACAAGCCGGCGCCGGAUCUGCCCUCUCUCAGCCUUGAACCGCCGCGGACAGCAGUGAGCAAAAUGGGUAUUUCAGCGGAUGUUAGGCCCGUUUCGGCCGCCUUCCCGAGCCCGGAUGCUCGGCCCGCUUUGAGGAAAGUCGAUCAUCGCAUCGUCCCGUCGUUUUGGUCCGCUCGGCUCGCUAAUCCGGAGAUUGAUUUAUUUGAAGGCAAUUUGAAGGCAAUGUAUGCAUUAUUGGAGUACUUGGAGUACUUGGCAGAUUACCUUUGGCUGAUUACCUAGAUGAGCUCACAUUGGUCAACUAUGAGUUCCUCGGUUUUCUUCAUUCUUCCUUCUCUCUUCCAUUUCUUUUCUUUCAUUUCUUUCAUGGCCACAAGCGUACUUGAUUAUUUAUUAUUUUAUCUGGGCUUACCUUUUACUUUCUUUACCUUUUAAUUUCUGCAGAAUCCAAACAUCUUCUCACUCCUUGCAAUCCAAUGCAAAAGAAUGCUAUACGCAUCAAGUAUUGGCAGCAGAAGGAUUGAAUCCACUUAUUUCUCCGGUUGGUUGGUUAGCUUCCUUCGUCCGUUGGUCAGGAUCUUAAAACUUUGUUGGUGAAGACAAAAAGGGAGUUUGAAGAUCUGCAGUUCCAGUUUCAGAGAGAUCUAAAACAGCUAGGCAAUCAAGUCCAGGAGAUGUCUACUGCUGCCCUUGGAUAUCAUAAAGUGGUGACGGAAAAUCGAAACCUUUACAACAUGGUUCAGGAUUUAAAAGGAAAUAUACGAGUAUACUGCAGAAUUAGACACAUUUUUAAUGCGGAAGCCAAAAAUGUGGUAGAUUUUAUUGGAGAAGAUGGUUCACUUGUGAUUGUUGACCCUUCAAAACCCCAUAAAGAUGGAAGGAAAGUGUUUCAGUUUAAUCGGGUUUUCAGUCCACUUGCUACUCAAGAUGAUGUGUACAUGGAUACUCCUUUGAUUAGAUCAGUUAUGGAUGGUUACAAUGUCUGCAUCUUUGCUUAUGGUCAAACUGGAUCGGGUAAAACACAUACAAUGAGUGGUCCAUCAGGCGAACUGACAAAGGACAUGGGGAUUAAUUACUUGGCUGUCAACGAUCUCUUCGAGUUGUCUAACAGAAGGAAGGACAUUAUAACGUAUGAUACUCAUGUUCGGAUGGUUGAAAUAUAUAAUGAGCAAGUGCGUGAUCUCCUUGCUGAGGAUUCAGCAUCCUCAAGAUUAGAGAUUCGAAGCUGUACCAGUGACGGUGGCUUGAGCCUUCCAGAUGCUACCAUGCAUUCUGUCAAGUCCACAGCUGAUGUGGUCAACCUAAUGAAACUCGGUGAUGUGAAUCGUGUCGUCAGUUCUACAGCACUGAACAAUAGAAGUAGCCGGUCUCACAGUGUGCUGACAGUACAUGUUCAAGGGAAAGAUGUAUCUGGAUCCAUCCUCCGCAGUUGCCUGCAUUUGGUUGAUCUUGCAGGAAGUGAACGGGUAGAUAAAUCUGAAGUCACAGGAGAGAGACUGAAGGAGGCACAGUACAUUAACCGGUCUUUGUCUUGUUUGGGAGAUGUUAUCACAGCUUUGGCCCAGAAAAACUCCCAUGUACCUUACCGCAAUAGCAAACUUACGCUUCUGCUGCAAGAUUCCCUAGGAGGAAAUGCGAAGACAUUGAUGCUGGCUCAUGUGAACCCUGAGAGAGAUUCAUUUGGGGAAUCAAUGAGUACCUUGAAGUUUGCCCGGAGAGUUUCAACGGUUGAACUUGGUGCUGCACGCAUGAACAAAGAGACCAGUGAGGUCAUGCAACUCAAAGAGCAGGUAAAUGUACUUGGGUAAUCUCUAUGCUUCAGAUGCCUUUCUGACAAUAAUCAACAUUACAAUUCUAGGGGC